GACACUCACAAAGCACUCGCAAAAUUAGACAAAAUCUAACAUUUCUAUUGGUACACAUCACGUGCUUGUGAAAGAAUCAAACAGGAACACAUAGCAACAUAUUUUGGUUGAGACAAAACAUCAAACACUUGAUGGCAACUACAAUGUCACGCAAACUCCACAGCUUCCGCUAUAUAUGUCGCUCUCUGUAUCAUCACCAACACACCGCCCCUUCACUCCGUCGCUUACAUGGACUCCCCUCACUACGCCCCCAAUCACCACAGCCAUUUCAGCCGGACAAAUUUGUUGGUAGAAUUGGAGUACAAUCAGUUUCAGUAGCUUUACAUAGGCAGUUGUGCACCAGUGCUGCUGCACCUACUGCUAAUACUACUGGAAAGCAAGUUGAUGAAGAGAAAGGGAGUGGAGACGGUGGAACAGGGUCUGGUGAUUCGAACCAGUCGUCGGGACAGCAGGCGAAAUUUUUUCGAGGCUCACCUGUUUCUUGGUUGAGCUUUCUUUUGCUGAUUCUAACAGGAGCAGGAAUUGUCUUUUACUAUGAUAAUGAGAAGAAACGCCACAUUCAAGUAAUCAAUGACAACUCAAAUGCUGUAAAACAAGGACCUUCUGCGGGUCAAGCAGCUAUUGGGGGUCCUUUCAACCUUGUCAACCAUGAUGGAAAAUCCGUAACUGAAAAGGACUUUUUGGGGAAAUGGACCAUAGUAUAUUUUGGCUUCACUCAUUGCCCUGACAUUUGCCCUGAUGAGCUACAGAAACUAGCUGCUGCAAUUGACAAAAUUAAGAAAAAGGUAGGACUUGAGAUUGUACCUUUGUUCAUUUCAGUUGAUCCUGAAAGAGAUAAUGUUGAACAAGUCCGUGAAUACGUCAAAGAGUUCCAUCCGAAUUUGAUUGGGCUGACGGGUAGCCCUGACGAGGUAAAGAAGGCUGCUCGUGCAUAUCGAGUAUACUACAUGAAAACGGAAGAGGAAGAUUCAGAUUAUCUUGUCGACCACUCCAUAAUCAUGUACUUGAUGGACCCAAAUAUGCAGUUUGUCAAAUUUUAUGGUAAGAAUCAUGAUGUGGACUCCCUUACCGACGGCGUAAUCCAGGAAAUACAUCAGUAUAUAAAAGCAAGAGCACAGUAGUUCGAUAACAUUUUUCGAAGGAUGUCCUGUUUCUACCCUGUUGGUUUGCAAGCAAUCUGGUGAGAUCUAGUCACCCAUCUGUUACGCAGAAACACUUGAUCCUUUAAAUUUAGUUAGCAGAGAAAAAGAGACAGUUUUGUCAUAACAAUUUAUUGGAACCUAUGUAGCAAAGUAUAAAAGUGAACAGAAACGAGUAAUGUUCAGAGUGCGGGUUGUGUUUUUCCUAAAAUAAUAAGCAUUGCAAACAUGUUUGUGACAUUGAUCAUCUAACACAGAUGCUGCGAGUGGGAUUUACUACUGAAACGGUUGAUAAUGUAUUUUUGAGAUGAUAUUCUAAUAUGUAACAAAUAUAUGUAGCAUUAGGUGCAUAUAUUCUCUUAA